AUGCAGGGUUUGCCAGCGAUGGCGGCGACAGUCCCCAGCCGCCCCACUUCAGACGACCACAUCUUGGUCAGCAGAAGCUGGGACGACCUCCUAAGCUCUCAGCAGCUGUUGGUUGAGAGCACCCUUGCGUUCAACAAGGCCAUGGCCCAGAAGUUUGCGGCCGAUCGCUUGACGCCCCCACCACCCCGACAGGGAGUUUCUGACGUCGCAUGGUUGCCCCACUGCUGCGGAAGCUUUCCGGGCGAGAUGCUACACCAUCAGGUGGUCGAAGAGAAGGAUCGGAAGCGCAAUGACACUGAGGAGGACAACUUCGCGAAGCUGCGCUCAGCAGCACGGCCGACGGCCAUUAGGCUCGUCAACGAGGCCGACAUUCGAGAAAAGACAGCAGAUGGACAGACGCUGCUCUUUGCGACCGCUGGUCGGCCCGCGUCUAAGGGCUAUGGAGUGGACUUGUGCAAGCUGCUCCGUUCACGCGGUCUGAGUGCCACCCAUAAAACGUCCAGGAACGAGACCGCGCUCUUCGAGGCGGUCCGUGCCGAGAACCUCGAAACCGCCACGUGGUUCAUCGAGAACGGCUGCGAUGUCAACGCAGUGAACACGAGCGGGACGACGCCGUUGUGCAUUGCCUUCUAUGAGUCCCAGCUAGAGAUGGUUUACCUACUUCUAAGCCACGGAGCAAAUCUGGACUACCAGGACACCAAAGGCCGCCGGCCGGUUCUCUAUGCAGAUCCCAUCUUCAGGCAGGCGUUUUACGCAGCGCAGGCACGAGGUGGCAUCGCAAUUCCGGCAACAAAGUCCCCGCACAGUCGCAAGCGCUUGCGAUCGGACCGGGAACCAGACCCCAUCUAUAAACGUUUCAAAGGUCUGGGCUCGGAGAAGUGCAAGGGCGAUUAUUACUUGCGGUAUUGGGUCUAUCCAGACGAGCCGCAUGGUGAUGCCGGGAAGAUCUUUCCAAGUCAGGGCAAGAUCUACUCUGCCAAGAACGGCUUCAUGGUCCAGGUGCCACCCGUGACGGCAGCACCAAAAAUCCGUACUUUGCAGCGCGAGCUGUGUCAGGACCAUUCGCAGUUCUUCCCUGAGCUCAUCCUUGCGACCUGCCCUGCGGAAUGGGCAUCGUUCAUUGGCGUCCAAGAGGAGGAGCUUGAUGCCCAGGAGCGCUUUGUGGAGCUGCUUACAGAGCCUGGGCCUGCUGCAGUAUACGACCAUGAUGGUGUUCGGUGA